AAGCUGCGCUCUGAGAUCCGCCUGGCAGGAGGAAGGACGCAACUAAAACUUUACAAUCACUCUCACUUCCGGGCUCCACACACUCUUUUGCCUUGAAAAUAUAUAUAUUUAUUCAUCAAUUUUUUCCUUUAAUAUAUGAGAAUACACCGUUUUUUCUGAGUGACCUGCUGAAGAGAUUUGGUUUUUUCUUAAUUCGAUCAUCGACGGAAUGGAAUAACCUGGUGUUUGCUCAGACGUCAACAUAUAACUGGGGAAAUUCAAACACAUCUUAAAGGAGACACACACACAUGGAUGUCAGAAGGAGUAAGCCCAACGAUGCUGCCCACCUCGGUCUGCUCGCUGUCUGCUCCAAAUAGUUAUGUUAGCCACCUGAGCCCCUGCCAAAACACACCUGAAGAAGACGAUGAGACCAUGAACUCAGAGCAAAGAGAAGCCAGCCUUGGGCACAAAGCGGUGCCUCCACUCAACCUCAAUGGCCACCGCCGACCCUCAGACCACACGUUGGUCCCCGAUGACUCCAUGUUCUGUAAGCGAGGGUGGAACCGAGAGCAGUUCCCCCCUGCCAGCUCCAGUUUUUGCUCCUCCAGGCCCCCCCACAGCCUCCCUGCAGGAUACAGCCAGCCUACUCCGUUCCCGAGCCAGGUCAACAUGCUCCACCCGAGCUUCGCCAGCAGCUGGACGGGGUAUCCCAACAGCCUGCCUUCCUGUCUGAGCCAGAAGGAAGACUCCAGCUGCUCCGAGGACAGCUGCCUGUCCAGAUGCAAAUCGGCUUCCCUACCAGGACAGCACACUGGGAACAUGAUGAGCUUGGAGCAGCCGCUGUCCCUCCGCUCCAACCCUCCGUCUGCUGAGCUCUACCACCAUACUCUGUCUCCAUACUCGUGCCAACCUCAGGGCCCUGCCUGUUGCGCUCAGUGUCCUGCUGAUGCCUUCAGCAGGCCGCCCAUGGCCAACAAAUACGCCUGGCCCCAACACAGCCCGGCUUACAGCCCCUUCUAUCCAGGGGAGUGCAGAAUCCCUGGAGCAGGAUUCACACAUAUUGGACAAAACGUCCCAGUUAAGGAAAGACACCCUACGUACAGCACACCGCUCUCUCUGGAGCAGAGGAGAGUUUUUGUCACCUACGAGGCCGACAACGACAAGCACGUCAAUGAGAUAAUCAAGUUUGUGGCUCUGCUGCGACACAACGGCUUCGACACUCAUAUCGACAUUUUUGAGCAGCAGUACCGAAGUAUAAGUAAGAUCGACUUCAUGGAGCGGUACCUCAGCGAGAAGGAGUACCUGAUCAUCAUCAUCAUCAGUCCCAAGUACUACGAGACGGUGACCACCUCCCCGUUCGACCUGGAAAACGACGAAAGGACUUUCAAUACGGUUUACAUCUACAAACAGCUUCAGAAUGAAUUCAUCCAAAAUGGCAGCAAGAAUUUCAGGUUCAUUCCUAUUUUGUUUCCUGGGGCUAAAAAGUGUCAUGUCCCUAACUGGCUUCAAAACACUCAUGUUUACGGUUGGCCGCGUGAUCGAGACGACAUCCUCCGACGCCUGAUGAGGGUGGAGAAGUAUAACCCCCCUCCCAUCGGGGAACUUCCAACCAUCGUUUCCAUCCCCAUCUAGAGAGCUGACCCCCGAGGACACGUCUCUCUAUCUGCUGAUGCAAACAGGGGGCCCCCUCACUCAGGGCCCUCUCUAAUCUGUGAUUGUAAAGACUCUUAGGUGCUUUUGUAGAUUCUUGUUUUGUGUUAUAACAUUCAGAAAAGAAGCCAGGGUUAAAAUAAAAUAAAAAAGGGGGAUCUCUUUGAUUAGGUUUUGUAUUUAAAACUGUCCAUGAGUCACGCAAAGGUUAGUUUGACAGGCUGCAAAAGAAAAGAAAAAGAAAACAAGACUUAAAACUGUGCGGCGGUGGUGUGUUAGCGGUUUGUAACCAUGCCCAAAGUUUACUUUCACUUUUAUGUCAAAACUGCUGAAAUUAUCACUGAUUUAUAAGGAGAUGAUGGCAAAAGCUCAGCUUUUUCCUACACACUGCCUGUCAGCUGGCUGAACCAAGAUGCACUUCUCUAUUGAAAAAAAAAAAAAAGCCAAUGGUUUAAAGAACAGUUUAAAAAAAACACCAAACAAAAC